AUGACGGAGCGGCUAUCGUCGUGGGACCAGCAUCACGUCACGAAGCGAGGCACAUGGCCCGACAAUCGCGUCAAGGUAUACGAAAAGUGGGCAAACGGCGGGUGGUGCAUCAUCCUGUCCGACACCACAAUACCCCUCCAAAUGCUGAGCGCUGACAACGUUCGAUACCGCCGACUUUACGGUGCACACAGCUACAUGCUCGCUCAAUUCGUCGCGUCACCAACCAACAAGCGCACCGACGAUUACGGCAGGACCCUUGAGAACCGAGCACGCAUCAUCUACGAGCUAAUCGAGGCAAUCAAGGCUGCCAUGAACAACCCCACUUUCUACAAUGGGAUCAAGCCCUAUGCAUUCGACUUUCAAGAGGGUGGGAUCCAGCCCGAUGAGGCAGUACAGGUCUGCGGGUAA